AUCACGAUUAAAUGAUUUUUUGUAAAACGUGGGAUGUUUGACUCAAUCGUUGAAAAUUCAAACUGAAUUCAAGAUAAAUCAAAAUCUGUAGUGAUGUACUAUACACUGUUUUUGGUGCUUGUUGUUCGAUUGGUUUUUAAAUUUUGAGCAAGUAUAAUAUUAAUUUGAGUACCUAGUGAAAACACAGGCCCUGGAAGUCCAAUAUUUUAAAAUUGCAACAGAAGAACGAGUACAUCGUGAGGCAGAAUGAAAUCGAGAUCGUUAUCAAUCAUAUCAGAAGAGAUACUAGACUUUGGGCUGGGAAACGACGAACAUGGUUCAUCGAACAACGUAACGUUUCACGAAGAACUUCCGUCGUUACAAGAUAUAAUUUCAUUCAGGGUUGCGGUUGCUUUAUGGUACAAUAUCAUUUUCGAAGAAGAUGAUCUCGAAAGAGCAGUGGAUUUACUCUACAAUUGCUGGCACCUGUGGCAAGAAAAAAUAGCCAAACAUGUACAAAGUCUUUCAUUACCGAUCGAACUACAAAAUAAAAUCGAAAAGCAUUUCGAUUCCAUUGGUUACAAAUUACGAGAAUUCGAUACGUAUCAUCACACCAAGGUAACUACAGCAGAUUCGGGCAGUAUUUUCAUACUCAUGAAGAACUGCGUGUGGAAAAUGAACGAUAUAAUUGACUACAAAGAGACCGCCUUGAAAAUGCUCUCCAAUUCGGGAUUAAAUCUAUCGGAGGAAGAAAAAUUCCAGAUCAAGUGUAAAUACGGUUUAAUCGACGAAAUAAAAAAUACCUCGUUGGAAUCGCUAUCCCCCGCCUUUAUUGAAAAGGUCAGUACGCGAAAUCAUCGAAUCGCCAAUUACUGGAUAUGUUACUUGAAAAACGAAUUGUAUAAAAUAUCGAUUAAAUACGAAUAUUCGUCUUCGAUCGAAGGUAUAAUAUUCAUCAAGCAUACGUCUUACAUAUGGCCAGCCAUUGAGUACUUUUGGGAUUGCAUGGAUGUUUACGAACAACAUUCUGUAGCUAUAGCUUUACUCGCUGAAGAAAACAGCGCUGACAAAUUCCAAAAAAAUAUCUUAUCUAGGAUGACCGAAUACCAACAACGUCGUAUAUAUUCUGAGAUUCCGGUCAACAUCAUGCGUAAUUUUUUUCGGCACGAGUCGCAAAUUGUACACGCUCGAGCAGUAUGGAAUCGUAUGAGAUACCUCAUAACAAGCGACCAGUUUGUCGAACUAAUACAAUGCAUAGAUUUCAAUGAGAGGUCGCAAUUCAUUUGGGAUACUGCUACGGAUUUCUUGAAAAAUUACGUAGUCCGUUGCAAAACGAGCCUAAUCGUGGAUAAAUACUUGAAGUGUUCAAUUUCAUCGGAAAUGUACAACGAAUCUACCUUUUUAUUGUCAUUUUUAUCGUUCGCCAAUAAAAAUUGCAGGAAAACCAUUGUUCUGCAAAAUAAAUUCGAUUUGGUGACAAAAAAUAAACCUUGCGUGGUCGAGAAGAUAUUGAAAUUAUGCAUACGAAAUAAAAACGAGUUGGAAGACUUCAAAGAUUCCAUCAUGAAAUCCUACAUUGUAAAGCUACAUUGCUACAAAUUGCUGAACUUGGGGUAUUUCGAAAAUUUCUGCACUUUCAUCGAUACUUAUUCAACCAAAAAAUACUCCUCAACUUAUUGCAAGAUCAAAUUGCUCACCACGUGGGAACUCGAAAAACCUGAUUUACGUUACACUCUCGAUAAAUGGAACGAAUUGAUCAAAUUUAUCGACCAAACGUUUUCUGAAACAUCCUCUCUAUCAGAUCCGUUAUCAGCAGUCGAACUGAAAAAACGAGUCAUUCGCAAAUUCUCCGAAUAUUGUCAUCGAAUUUGGUCAAAUAGCAAUAUGAACUCGGAAGGAGACAUGGAAACCGCCAUUUCCCAAUUACUCGACACCGACGAGUUGAGAAAAUUCAAGAAAAAAGUUCUUCGUAAUUUUAGAAUUUGUAUACUCGAAGAUGCCCACUACUGGCUUGAAUUUGAAGAAAAAUUUUUCCAUCAAUUGGUUUCGUGGUGUUUAGAAAACCAAAAUGAAGUUCAACAGUUCAAAACUUCACUUCCGAUUGAUGAAAUCAUUGAUAAAUUAUGGAUUGAAAAAAAUCAUGCGUUUUUUGAUGGUAGGAAAGGAUCACGAAGUAAUGUUUACGAUCCGUGCCUUUUGAUACCCGUCAUGGAAAAAAUAUUACUUUGGUAUUUUGGAAAUGUUGAAGAUCUUAAACAGUACAAAUUGAAAAAAUUAUAUAAUUCUGAGGUUAUUCGGAACAUGAUUCAAAGAAGUUUUCGAAAAGGAGCUAAAUGCGAUCGAUUAAAUGCCAUUCUUUUAUGGUUUUUGGAUAACGAUGAAAAGGAAAUUGAAAAGUUCAAGUCUGAGUUUAAUUAUGAUAAAUUUCCAGAGUGAUUUUUACCUACUUAUAGCAACUUAAAUUAAAUGUGAUCAUGGCGUGUAGAUGUAUAUUUCAUAGCUAGCAUCAAUUCAAUAGGUUCGAGGUAUCAAGGUAUAUAAGUAGGUACCUAUACAAUUUUCAGUUGAUAUACUUUUUUACUUAAUUUUUUUCUGUAUUUACCUAUACAAUGUACUUUUUUUAAAUUAUAGGUAUUCAAUUUAUUUAUUAGAUAUGAUAAUAAUGUAGGUACCUAUUAUCAAAUAUUAAUAUUACAAUACAUAAAUAUUUUCUUCAA